AUGAAGUUGCAUGAAAGAUGCCAGAGAAAAGGAAUCUUGGAUGAGUAUAGUCAGAUCACCAGUCUUGUAACAGAAGAGAUUGUGAAUGUUCAUAAAGAGAUCCAGACCUCCGUUGAACAGAUAGACCCUAACUCUGAGUAUAAUGACUUCAUAGAUACUCACAGGUCAUCAGAAGUUGUUGAACAACAAAUAGAGUUUGAUACAUCUUUACUAGAAGAAAAUGAAAAUCUUCAAGCUAAUGAGAUCAUGUGGAAUAAUCUAACAGCAGAAAGUUUACAAGUCAUGUUAAAAACAGUAAUAGAAGAACUGAUUCAGACACAGCAAACCCUUUUGAGCAAAGAGGAACUUGUGUUGGAACUAGAGAAAAAAAUAGAAGAGUCCUCUAAGACUUGUGAAAAGAAGUCUGAUAUUGUACUCCUGCUGAGCCAAAAGCAAGCGCUGGAAGAACUUAAGCAGACAGUUCAGCAAUUAAGAUGCUCUGAAGCAAAAUUUGCAGCUCAGAAAGAACUACUGGAACAAAAAGUUCAAGAGAAUGAUGGGAAAGAGCCACCACCUGUGGUGAAUUAUGAAGAAGAUGCCAGAUCAGUCACUUCUAUGGUGCCUCUAAACAAUAGGUAUGAGGCUCUGGUUGAGGAAAGCCUGACAAAUGAGGACACGGGUGAUGGGCAGUCUACAUCGGAGGGGCCUCCACAGUCAGAAAGGCCUACAGCCUACAUCACAACCUUCUCCACAAAGAAGAAAACGAGGGUUAAAAAAAG